AUGCGUCUCAGCUCCCUUUCCACUUUUCUCGUCGCUGUUGUCGGUGUCUUGGGCCAGCAUAAGAAGUCUAGCCAUUAUCAUAGAGAUGGCAAGUUUGAAAUCCCUUGCGGAAAUCGUGGUGGAAUCCACGGUGGGAUGAAAGCCGUUGCCUACUUCGGCAAUUGGGAUAUCUACGGAGCCAACUACUUCAUCACUGAUGUUCCAGCAGAGAACUUGACCCAUCUUGUCUAUGCUUUCGCUAACGUCAACACUACUACUGGCAGCGUGAUAUUGAGUGACACUUGGGCGGAUCUCCAGUAUGCGUACCCCGGAGAUAAUACCACUGUGCCGGGAGAAAAUGCAUAUGGGAACAUCAAGCAGAUGUUCCUCUUGAAGAAGAAGCACCGCCAUCUGAAAACUAUGCUCUCUAUCGGUGGCUGGAGCUACCGCGAGAAUUACCCCCCUAUGCUUGCAUCUAGCACCAAGCGGCAGAAUUUUGUUGAUACGGCCGUCCAAUUUGUCGCAGAUCUCGGCUUCGAUGGAAUUGAUAUCGACUACGAGUACGUCGCAGACCACAGUCAAGCGGCGCAGAUGGUGGAUUUGCUCAAGCGUUUGCGCCAGAGUCUGGACCAACUGGCAGAGAAGACAGACGCUACAUCCCCAUUCCAGAUCAGCUAUGCCUCUCCAGCGGACAAGGACAAAGCUGUCAUGUUAGACCUCACUAGCAUGACCCCGUAUCUCGAUUUCUACACUGUUAUGGCUUUGGACUAUAUGGGACCCGGAUUCAGCAAUUACUCUGGCUACUUGUCAAACUUGUUCCCGGAUAUCCGCAAUCCACGUGCAACUGAUUAUGAUACAAACUCGAGCCUUGAAUUUUACAUGUUCAACGGUCAGGUUCCGCCCUACAAGAUCGUUCUAGAGAACCCGCUGUACGGUCGUGUCUUCAAUGGCACUAAUGGCAUGGGCGAUAAGUUCUCUAAUGGCGGCACACAGGGCAGUCUUGGUACCGCUGGGCUUUGGAAUUACAACGCGCUUCCCCUUCCAGAAUUCGACGCAAAGGUUGUCAACGUUCCUCGUGUCGGUGGAAGCUAUAGCUACGACGCUAAGCAGAAGUACCUAAUUAGCUAUGAUACUCCUGAGAUAGCUGCCCUGAAGGCUGAGUAUGUUCAGUGUUUGGGCCUUGCUGGCACCGCCUGGUGGGAAGUUAGCAUGGACCGGAACGAUACUCUGAGUCUCAUCGGCACCACUGUCUCUCUGUUUGGAGGCGCUGGCUCUUUGGAUCAGUCUCUUAACAACUUGAACUAUCCCAUUAGCACAUAUGUUAACCUGAAAGAUGGCUUCUCUGGCAAUUAA